AAAGCAACAACGAAGGGACAAACGUUACUCUCAACAUUCACAGCUCAUGAGUUCUCCAUUCCCUAUUCCCAGUCAUCACAAUUAUCGAAUAGGAAAGAGGAAGUGGGGCCCAACAUAUGUGUUAAAGGGUCCCAUUACACUUGAUUCUUGACUAUACCAUUCCCGCAUCUCCCUUAGUUCCACGCUCAACUGUCAAGAACGACAAAAUUCAUUACAAAAGAAAAGAAACGUUUCUUUAUAUACUCAUUCUUAGCUGCCUACUCAGUCAGUAGUAAAUUCUAACUCUUCUCUAAUGGCGUUUCGAAACAUGGUAGUAUUGGGCCUCGUAUUUCUCCAAAUGUGGUUUAUAAUGAAAGUGAAGUCAACAGCUGCUGACAAAAUUAGUCAAUUACCUGGUCAACCCCUUGUAAAUUUCCAGCAAUAUUCUGGGUAUGUCACCAUUGAUGACAACAAACAGAGGGCUCUCUUUUACUACUUUGUUGAAGCACAAGUGGAUCCAAUAUCCAAGCCUAUUGUUCUAUGGUUAAAUGGAGGACCUGGGUGUUCUUCAUUGGGGGUGGGAGUAUUCUCUGAAAAUGGGCCAUUUAGGCCAAGUAGAAAUGUGCUAGUCAGAAAUGAACAUAGCUGGAAUAAAGAAGCAAAUAUGCUGUAUUUGGAGGCUCCUAUAGGAGUAGGUUUCUCGUACGCUACAAAUUCUUCUUCUUAUGAGGGAGUGAAUGACAAGAUCACAGCUAGAGACAAUUUGGUGUUCUUGCAAAAGUGGUUUGUGAAAUUCGCACAGUACAAAAACAGAAGCUUGUUCAUCGCAGGGGAAAGCUAUGCUGGCCACUAUAUUCCUCAGCUUGCAGAAAUGAUACUCCAGUCCAACAGGAAGGACAAGUUGUUCCAUCUAAAGGGAAUUGCUCUAGGCAAUCCAGUGCUGGAAUUUGCGACUGAUUUUAACUCAAGGGCGGAGUACUUCUGGUCACAUGGAUUGAUUUCAGAUGGUACAUACAAAUUGUUCACUUCCACUUGCAACUAUUCACGUUAUGUUAGUGAAUACUACAGAGGUUCUCUGUCUCCAAUUUGUUCAAAAGUGAUGAGCAUUGUCAGUCAAGAAACUAGUAGAUUUGUAGACAAAUACGACGUAACACUUGAUGUCUGUAUAUCAUCCGUCUUCUCAAAAUCCAGGCUUCUCAAUCCUCAGCUAGUUACAGAGACCAUCGAUGUAUGUGUUGAAGAUGAAACUGUAAAUUACUUGAACAGAAGGGACGUUCAGAACGCCCUCCAUGCAUGUCUUGUAGGGCUUAACAGAUGGCUUGUUUGCAGCAGUAUAUUGGAUUAUGAGCAUCUUGAUCUUGAGCUACCAACAAUCUCUACUGUGGGUAAUAUCAUCAAGGCUGGAAUACCAGUCUUGGUUUACAGUGGGGAUCAGGAUUCUGUCAUUCCUCUGACCGGAAGCCGAACAUUGGUCCAUAAACUAGCAGAACAACUUGCACUGAGCACAAGCACACCCUACAGAGUUUGGUUUGCUGGAAUGCAGGUUGGUGGCUGGACUCAAGUUUAUGGUGAUAUGCUAUCAUUUGCCACGAUAAGAGGGGCGUCUCAUGAAGCUCCAUUCUCGCAACCGGAGAGAUCGCUUGUGCUAUUCAAGUCUGGCAAGCCUUUGCCUGAUGCAUUCUGAUUCUUUCAUUAGUUCGGUACCACCUAGUUCAGACAAUGUGCAAGUAAGCUUUACACAGAUUUGAGGCGUUUCUUAAUCAUAUUUUUGGAGGAAUCUGCAUGCAAUUACUCUUUUGUAUCACUAAUUCAAAAUAGAAAGGACGUGAUAUGAGAUGUUUUGUAAAGUUGUCAAAAUAAAGAAUUUAUUGUUGCCUUUGUACCAACUGUUUAAUGAAAUUGAAGUCUAAUGCAUUAAUUAAUUCUA